GAUUAUAUUAAAAUUUCAGGGAAAAUUUACAAUUGUUACGACAGCGAUAUUAUUAUGCAACAUGGAAAGCCGAUGGAACAAGAUAUAUGAUGCUAAUAACUAUGGAUGGCUGUUACUUGAUUGAUAGAAGUUUCAAUUUUCGAAGGGUGCAAAUGAGGUUUCCUUGCAGAGGCUCAAAUGAUGGUUUGGCUGAGAAGACCCACCACUACACGUUACUUGAUGGGGAGAUGAUCAUUGAUACGUUGCCUGAUUCACAGAAACAGGAGAGGAGAUAUCUUAUAUAUGAUAUGAUAGCAAUUAACCAUGUACCAGUAAUAGAGCGACCGUUCUAUGAACGGUGGAAGAUGCUUGAGAAAGAGGUGAUUGAACCUAGAAACCAGGAACGGCAUAAUACAUACCAGAGUAGAAAUCCUUAUUAUAGAUAUGACCUGGAACCAUUCAGGGUGAGGAGGAAAGAUUUUUGGUUGCUCUCUACUGUCACAAAGCUUUUAAAUGAAUUCAUUAAGAAACUCUCACAUGAUGCAGAUGGCCUCAUAUUUCAGGGUUGGGAUGAUCCUUAUGUACCCCGCACUCAUGAAGGCCUCCUGAAGUGGAAAUAUCCUGAGAUGAAUUCAGUAGAUUUUCUCUUUGAGAUUGAUGAUGAUCGCCAGUCACUGUUCCUUAAUGAACGAGGAAAGAAGAGACUCAUGGAAGGGAGUAGAGUUGCAUUCAGAGAUGGUUCAGAUCCCUUGCUUUAUUCGGGGAAGAUUAUAGAGUGUUCUUGGGAUUUAAAUGAACAGGAAUGGGUAUACAUGCGAACCAGGACAGAUAAAUCAACUCCAAAUGAUGUUAAUACUUACAAGAAGGUUAUGCGGAGCAUAAAAGACAACAUCACACAGGAUAUCUUGUUGAAUGAAAUUUACGAGAUAAUUCGCCUUCCGAUGUAUGCUGACAGGAUAAAAAAUGACAGCAAAGCCCACCACCAUUUUGGUGCAGCACGCCGGAGGUGAUUGGUGAGACUGGCAUUUGAUGCCCAUGACAUCUUCUCUAUCGGUAAGAAUAAGAUGCUAGAAGUGCAUUCGAUCUGGGAAAAACAAGAUCAGCUGCAUCUAUUGAUGCUUGUCUGUGGGAUUAAUUUCAAUUUGUAAUUGGAUUUGACUAUGAUGUGGCCAUCACACAUAUAGGCUGCCUGCUUCUAUUCUGUAAUUAGCUAGGCCCUUUGGUAUUUGCUGUGCAGCUGAGUUGUAUUGUCCAGUUUGCAUAGUUCAAAAUGAGGCCGGAAUAUUCAGAUAAAGAGAAUUAGGUUUAGGAUCACAAUGUAAAGUAUCAAUUUUCUUCUCAUGUAGUGAUUAUAAGCCGUUCAAAAGGUAGCUGUUUCCUAGAUUCUGCUUCCCUUAUAUCAGUCAGAUUUUUCAUUCUGUGAAUAUUAGUGCAAAAGACCCUUCCAUUGUCUA